CGCCCCCUCCAGGCCAUUAGGCCGGUACUACAGGUCAGGCCGGCAAACUGAUGAUCACGCUGAGCAGCACUAACAAUCAGGGCCGACAUGGGCAGCGAGGAUCGGGAUGUCACAGAGGAGGACGCGGAGCUGGGAGACCGCAGCGGGGGCAGUAAGGUCGAUAUGCCCGAGGAGGAGGAUGGCCUGCCGGAGGGGACUUGGUAUGACAGCAAGGAGAGCCCGGCAGCUGCUAAGGGAAGCGGCAGUCUCGUUGCAGGUGACAUCUCUAUCACCUCUGUCUGUCCCCAAGUCGGGGAAACCCAGCAAAGAAUGCGCUGCCUGUGCCCGCCCUGUGCCCGGAUCAUAGUGACAGACGAGGAGACCGGCAAGAGGAAGUGCGUAUGCCCAGGACUUGGUAUCUUCUAUACCAUUCUGUCUGCCGCCUUCUUUUCCUCCAGUUCAUUACUGGUGAAGAAAAUUGAAGAUCUGCACUCUGUGGAAAUCAGUGCAAUACGAUGUCUUUUCCAGAUGCUGUUUGUCCUUCCUGGCUUAAUUUAUUACAAGACAGGAUUUUUGGGACCUAAAGACCAAAGGAUUUUUCUAUUUCUAAGAGGUUUUCUUGGCUCCAGCGCUAUGAUUCUGCUGUACUACGCUGUCCAGUCUAUGCCCCUCGCUGAUGCCACUGUGAUCACCUUUAGUAGCCCAGCAUUCACAUGUAUAUUUGCCUGUAUAUUUCUUAAAGAAAGGUGCACCAUAUGGGAUAUUGUUUUUAUGCUUUUUACUAUUACAGGAGUUGUUCUUAUAGCUAGACCACCUUUUUUGUUUGGCUCACUAGAUGGAAGCCUUGAAUACAAUUAUACAGACCAUCUGAAAGGAACUAUUGCUGCUAUAUCAAGUGCAGUUGGUGCUUCUUUAACUUUGGUUGUGCUGAGAAAAAUGGGGAAGUCUGUGCAUUACUUACUCUCUAUAUGGUUCUAUGCCAUUAUUGGACUCAUUGAAUGUGUAAUUGCACUCUUUGCCCUUGGGGAGUGGCGUCUGCCUACCUGUGGAAUAGACAGAAUGUUCCUAGUAUUUAUAGGUAUUUUGGGUUUGGGUGGGCAGAUUUUCCUUGUGAAAGCCUUACAGAUUGAAAGGGCUGGGCCAGUAUCUGUCAUGAGAACUAUGGAUGUGGUGUUUGCCUUUAUAUUUCAGGCACUGUUCCUAAGCCAUACUCCUACAAUGUGGACAAUAGGGGGCGCUCUCUGUAUUGUUGCCAGUACUGCAGGGACUGCUAUUGUGAAGUGGUAUGCAAGCACAAAGAAAGCAAAACAGAGUGAAUUAUAAAUGAAAUGAAUUCUGCCCAUGAAAGUGGAAUUGAGUUCUACUCGGUGUAGGAGGGAAUUCUGUAUUAUCGCUCUGUUUACAGUGUCCCAUACCAGCUAACGGCGAUCCUUUUGGCACAAAGCUUAAAUCUAUCACUAGAGACUAAUCUGCAGUGUGAGCAAGACACUGUACAGCCACACUUGUGCCCAAAUUCUGUACUGCUGUACAUGUAUUUAAUUACAUUUCUGUCUGUCAUUGCUCAUGUUCUUGCUCUGUAAUGUGAGUAUUAUGGAGCAUUUACAGCAUUAAGACACAAUAAUUCUGUGACUCACAUUGGUUCACUUGACUGCCACUUUAGUCUUGGUUAUAGUUCUGUUGCUAAUGUGCAUUCUAAGGGUAACCCUUAUAAUACGGUGACCAUAAUGAACCCCUAUUCCAUUAUGAGAACUGCUGCUGGUCUAGAGUCAGAUGAAAGUACAUUUAGGGCAUUUCAUAGUUUAUUUUAAAUUCAUAGCAAUAAUGUUUACUUAGGUCAUGUUGGGUAAAAUAUGGUGCAGAACAUGCCAUUUUCUAGGGAGAUAUACCAAGCUUUUGCUGUUUUCUUUCCAUGCACUUCAUUGGGCUUCCCCAAAGUCAAUGAACAUAUCUGUUUUUGGCAUAAAUACCAGCAUAACUGGAUAUUGGAUCCAGUGCCUUUAUAUUCAGUAUUUACACCAAAGAAUUGUGGUGUUGGUUAAAAGGCCUCAUCCUCAUAAAUAGGUUUUUUAUAUGAUGGCAGUUUUUCUAGGGUAAAAUAAAACGCUGGGGCUCAUUUACUAACAG